AUGGAAAAGGCUGUUUUCUGGCCUCUCUUCCUUGGUCGGAAACACUUUGAAGAUUCGUUAAGGAACCCAGCUGCGGCGCCGCCGGUGCAGGACACGUUCGGUGGUUGUUCCUGUGAAACACCCAAACACGUCGAUGACUCUGGCUGCCCAAUAAGGCGCAAUUUAACCACAUCUGUGGCUUCGAAGGGUCAUCCACUCCCUCGGAUAAACCGUAUUUUAAUAAAGGCUUGGACCCUUAAGCUAGGCGGCUUAGCUAGAAACAUCUACUUUUGA